AUGGUCUUGGCAGAAGUAGCAUGGGCUUGGGCAGCAGUUCUUGGAUCUGUAAGAGAAGCUAAGGCCAAGGAAAUUCAAGGGCAUAUAUUGGUUUGUCAAAAUGAAGAGAAGAACCAUUCCACAGAAGAACUUAGCAAGUCUGAAAUUCAGGAGGAGCUGAAAAAGGCUAACAGCCUUCCUAGUUUGACUCCUAGAAUCAAACCAGCAGAUAAAGACAAGCAACCCCGAGAAGAAUCUAAACCCUCUACCUUCCAAGAUGUACCCAAUAGAUGUGAAAAGGAUUUACAGAACACAAAUACUCUUCUGGAGGGGACAGAGCCAAAGCGUCCAAAAAUUGAAGAGCCUAUCUGUUCUACAGCUAGAAUAAAAGAGGAUUCUGUAAACAAAGAUGAUGCCGUCUUAAUUAAUAUUGGGAAAGAUACCUCACAGGAUCUGCAAGGAGGCUGGAAACAAUCUGCAGAUGUGCAAAAGCAGAUGCAACGGAAGCCAGAAGCACCCGCAGUCACUUAUGCAACAUAUCGAGGUUCUGCAAGGAUUAGGCAGCUACUGAAGAAUCAAUCAGAAAUGGCUCAAAAAGGAGAAGAAAGUACUGAGAACAGAAAUGGUUCAGUGGUCAAAGAAAAUGGAGAAAUCCAAACAAGCGUGCCUCCAAAAUCAGGACACUUACUAAAAGAAAAUCAAGACGAUGAGGGUAAAGAUCCCAAAGAUGAUGCCGUAGUAAAUUCUUCUGCAGUUAAAAUGGGAAGGAAAAAGUCUGAAAUGCAGGAUGAUAGUUUACAUUCACCCAAACCAAAAAAUAAGACAGUUAAUGAAGAACUACAGGUGAGUACAGAAGAAUUUUGCUGUAAUCAUCAAAUGGAGAGUGACUCGGCACUAGCAUUGGAUGCCCAGAUGCUUCAUUCCAGUAGCACUACAUUUCAGCAGCAAGCAGAUCAGGAUACAGGUAGUGCAAAUAAACAUAGUGAUCCAAGAAAAAGUGAUGCACAGAAAAUUGUGGCAGCUGUAGAAAGAGAGCAAAAUCAACAGAACUUUUUUGCUACUGUUCUUUUACCUUUUAAUGAACAAAUACCCGCUUUGCUUAGCACGGAGUCCAAAAGAGAAAAAUCUAUAGCCACAGGUAAUCUAACUGCUUCAGUGUCAUCUAUUAGAAAUGAUGAGGAUACAGUCACGGACAGGGGCACUUGUCAUGAAGAACUAAGUGAGUUAGGGAAACCAACGCACAUACAAAGUGAUCACCAGUUAAUCCAUGUGGAGAAUUCUGAGGAUACUGCCACACAGCAGUCUGGUUUACCUUGUCUAGAAACUGAGGGUGUGGAAACAAUGAAGGUUUUAUCUGAGGUUGCAGUGGAAAACCUUGCCAAUGUAUUGUCAUGCAUAGAUGGGUGUCAAAGUGUGAAAUCUAACCUCAAUGAGCUGACAGCACCUCUUUCUGUUACUUACGAGUCUUCUUUUGAAACUGGAGGCUGUUGCUCAGCUUUUCUUCAUCCUAGUUGCAAGCCCAAAAAUGAAACUAUGGGGAAAGGAGAAGUCAGUUUAAAAGAUGAGAGACAGACACUUUCUUGUCCUGAUCUUGAAUAUGAGAAGAGCAAAUCCUUUGAGCCUGUAGAGAUGAGCCUCUCAGAAAACUCUGUUCCUGUCCACAACCAUGGUCCUGUUUCCCUUGAAGCUGUUCCUGCCAAGGCAUUAGUUACACUCACAGAAGAUAACACAGCAAAGCCUGCACCUUGCCCUUUAAUCACCAUUGACAGGACAAAUGCUUCUAAAAUCAACAAGACUGGUGUGACUGAGGUUACUCUUGUUCCUUCUGAGUGUAGAGAUUGCACCUCUGAGUUUUCCUCUCAUGUUUCUAAGCCACAAGAAAACAAUCUGGAGAUUUCUUAUUCUGCCUUGAGAUAUGGAGGAAGACCUUUGACCAACCAUUCUGCUUUCAUCUGUGAAAAAGAUGUUGAUGUAGAUGUAAUUUCUGAAUCUCCACCCAUUUUUGAAGAUAGGUGUAUUAAUUUUUCUUCCAAGGAGGAAAACAGUAAUAAGCCUAGGAUAUCACCCAAAGUACUUGCUUCUUCAUCUGACAACCAAGGAAAAAUGCCUUCUCCUGCCAUUAACUCUGCAAAUGGCCAGACUGCUAGAUGGUCUGCUGCUUCUGAACAGGACAGCUUUAUUUUUCCAGCUCCUGAGUCUAGGAGAAUAAUCCCUGAGGACAGAAUAACUGAGGUGCCACUUUGCUCAGGAGACCUGAGAGCUUUGUGCCUGGCUGAUUCUCUGGAACCUGAGCUUACUCCAGCUACGUUUGAUAGCUCUGCUGCCGGAGUAGAUGUGGGGAGUGUUUGCAUCCCCAGGCCCACUUCACCUACUCUGGGAUCCAGAGAAGCCUCCAAUCUUUCUGUUUCUGCCUUGGAAACAGUGGGCAUUGCUCAGGGGAACAGUAAUUCUUCCAGUCACAGAGCUAGCGAUGGGGCAGAGGAGGCCUCUUUUGCACCACAGGCUGACAGCAGUGUCUUGGCAGAGGCAAUGACAUCACCCGUCGGUCCUUGGAAAUCUUUGGAAAUGACAUCUGAGUCAGCCUGUACUGAGAGCACAUGCAGAAAAGCUGUGGGACAGGUCAGUCUUUGUAACCGUGCUUCUGGUAUCUCAGAAACCGCUUCUGCGACAGGUGAUCAAACAGGUGCUGCACCUGCAGAUUCAAAUGAUCUCUGUUCUGAGGAAAUAUGGGAAGAUACCGAUGUGAAGGGACAAGAACGUGCUACAUUCCAGGAUGCUGCUGUUUUGUGUAGAAAAGCUGAGGAAAUAGUGGACUCAGUUUUACACUUGGCUAUAGAAGAAAUAAUAGCAAAACAAGCCAUUGGUGUCUGCCAGCUUUGUGGGAGCAAGGACAGUUUAAUAAAUACGGGUAUUCUAAAUGAUCAGAAAGCUGGAACUGUACAGCUGGAAGCAGAAGACAUCCAGUCAGCUGUGCAGUCAUUAAAACAUUUUAAUGAGAGCCAUGGAGGAGGCUCAUCUUCAUUUACAGGAAAUGAAGCAGUGGAUACAAAUAAUCAAGAUGAAAAGAUACUAUCUUACAUCCCUGAUAAAACCGACCUACAUAGUGCACUAGCAUUAAAAGCAAAGGAAAUAAUUGAUGAAGUCAUUAACUCAGCCAAACAAAAACUGGCAUCCAGUCCAUGGCAAGGCAGUGAGAGUAAAGGACCUUCUGAAAAGGUUGAGCCUAAACCUAAGACUGAAACCCCAAAAAUUUUAAACCUGGAUAUGAAGUUACCUGCCAAAACACAGGAACCAACAGAGAAGGAGGAAACUCGGAGUGUAGCAGUAAACUGUGAAAAGUCAGAUUGCUUAGGUCCUCCUUUACUUCCAGAUAGUAUAGAAAAUGACAUAGAUUGGCCCCAAAGAGGUGAAAAGAUACCAAAUAAUGCAUUUACAUGUCAAACAAAUGGAUUUCCACCCACUGGUAGUUCAGCAAAGCCAGAAUCGGAUCUUACGACACCAGCAAAAGAGAGACACAAUAGAAAGGUGUGUGAACAUCUGCCUGCAGCGGAGUUGUGUGGCAAAGCUAGAGUAUCAGCAACUAGUAGAAAAUCUGAUGGACCUUCAAUACAUAGAGAUGCUACUGUGACUGAAGAGAUGCUUCUGUCAUUGCAGUUAAAAGAUUCAUGUAAUAAUACAAAUAUGCCAGAGUGCACAUUGCUGCCAACUGUAAAUGUUAAUUUGUCAUCUUCUAUGCCUGAUGAAGAGUGUAUCGGCAUGCAGAGUGAAUCCAAAGACAAAAGCAGUCCUCAGAGGUCUCUGGAAAGCAGUGCAGAGGACAGUCUGUAUGAACACUGUGGAAGAGAGGCUGCAGAAGAAGUACCUGUACAAGUAAAAGCAACCUUAGAAGAUUCAAAGGCAGUGGAGAAUAAAGAGGAACUAGCAGAAGGGGCAAGUGAGAUAGGAGAGGUUAAUGUUGGAUUAAAUACACAGUUUAUUAUACCUGAAUUGUCUGUUAUUGGAGAGGACAGUGAAGGGAAAGACUGCUUCAACGCAGUCUUUGUCCAAAAUAAUGAGAAUCUGAAGCAGGUACAUAUGAAGGAUCAAGACAUGAAAAGAAAUUAUCAACUUGAAGAAAAUGGUCUGGACUGCAGUGACAACGUUAAGGAAUCGACAGAUCUUUUGACCUUUUCCCCACUAAUUGAACAGUGGGAAAACAGUUCUUUUACUAUCGUUUAUGAAGGUACCCUUCAAACCGAGAAUAAAUCUGUCUCAACUGAUGAUAUGCAAACUGGUUCGCUUUCUUCUUCUGAUUUGCCUUCAGAUAAUAUAGAUCAUCUAAUGUGUGAAAGAGCAAAGAAUAAACAUGAGCCAGCCUGUCUUUAUGGGAGGGGUAACAAGUUGAAUGAAGCAACAGAUAGCCAUAGCUCAGAGUCAUUUCUGAGUGUGGAGGCCAAACGCUAUAGAGUAUAUCCUUUCUCUUUGUCUCCAAUAUAUGAAGACGACAGCUCCCAAGAAGACUUGCUUUCCACAGAUGUGUCGCCAGAAGGCCAUCCUGGUGGAAUGUCUAAAGAUAACGCUGAACACGCUUCUGUGCUUUCCCUUCUCCAGUCAGUUUCUGAGCGCUUACAGUUUACUACUCAGUUCAGUAAAGAGGAGGAUGACGAGGAGGAAGAGGGAGUGCAGGAUGAGGAGGAAGAAGAAUCAUCAUAUGAAGGAAAUAUACUUGAUGUAGGGAGAGAAGACGACUGUCUGUCCAGUCAGUGGAGAGGGAAUUUAAAAACAACCAUUCAAUCAAAUGACCAACAUCGAUCUUUGUUUCCUGGACAAUCACCUUUUCUUUCAAAAGAACAACUUGACUCCAAGGAGCAAUCAGAACAGUUUCCAGAUGUGGCUUCUCCCAGUCAAACACCUUGCAAGCUAGUUUCACAGAAAGUCGAUGCUGCUCUAAAGCGUCCUCCUUCAAGUGUAUACUACCAGUAUUUGAAAUCUGCCAGCAAUUGCUCCUCUGAGAAGGGGACCAGGUUUGGAAGCAUUCUCCAAGAUAUGUUGCAGCCAAAGAUUCAUUGGUUUCAAGACAACACCAUGCCAAAACUGGGAGAAUUGUCAGCGAACCUCAUUGACAGGGCAAGUCUCAAAUGCAAUCCAAGACCAGGAAAGAUUAUUAUUUAUGAUAUUUAUGGCGACAAAAGUAAACAAGAAGUUCAUUCUGAUGUGCUAGAUACCACAUCCUGGAUCUUUCCCAUUGGAGCAUUACUUAGGAUAAUUAGAGGAUGUUGGAUUUUUUAUGAGAAACCAAAGUUCCAGGGUCGGAAAUAUGUACUAGAAGAAGGGGAGACUGUGCUGGAUCACCUUUGGGAUCUUCCAGGCGUGAAACAUCGUCGAAGAAACCUCACAGUUGGUUCAAUCAAACAUGUUACAAAGGACUGUGGCAUUCCAGAGGUAGAGUUCUGUCUGGGAGCCAGCACAGAGGGACUUCCUAUCUGCAUACAGAGUGCAGUUGCCAAUUUAGAAGAACUGGAUGUUGAGAAAAACCCUUAUAUAAGUGUCAAAUCAGGAGUAUGGCUUGCUUAUUCAGACUUUAAUUACAAAGGAGAGAUGAAGGUUUUGGAAGAAUGUGAUUUAUCAUCUGAAAUUCCUUCAGCAGAUGUGAAAUCUCUGCGUCCCUUAAAAAUGGGUGGACUAAAGGUACAAAUGCCAAUGAAUGUCAAGAUAAUAAUAUAUGAGAAAACUCACUUUGGAGGAUGGUCCAAAGAGUUUUCAGAAAACAUCAGUUCUGUCCCAGCUCUGUUUGGUAGCGAAGAGGAGUUUCAGGAAAUUGGAUCAAUACGUGUAAUUGGUGGAGUAUGGGUUGCCUAUGGUAAGGAACGCUACAAAGGCCAACAGUACUUGCUGGAGGAGGGAGAUUAUGAAGACAGAUGCUCAUGGGGGGGAACUGACAGUGUCCUCCUGUCUUUCCGGUUCCUUCAGGCUGAUUUCAUAGAGUCAUCAGUGGCACUUUAUCAGUCUGAUGAUGAAGAUGGGAAAGCAUUAGACAUCAUCAAUGAAGAAAUCCCUGAUUUGGAGCUGGUUGGAUUUGGCCCAGAGACGAGAUCGAUUCUUGUGAGAAGUGGAGUGUGGGUCGCAUAUCAGCAGAAAUAUUUCUGUGGAGAACAAUAUGUAUUGGAGAAAGGAAAAUAUAAAUGUUUCUUCGACUGGGGAGGAUCUAGUAAAAUCAUCAUGUCGAUUCGACCUAUUAAGUUGGAACCACUUGGAACGAAUGAGCCUCCACAUUUGCUCAAAGCUUUCAGUAAUACACAUUUCCAAGGAGCAUGUAUAGAUUUCACAGCAGAAGUUUCUGAUUUUACAUCAUUCAUACCAUGUUCUUUUAAGGUUCUUCGGGGAUGUUGGCUCCUGUAUUACCAAGGGGAAAUCACUGACAAUCACUGUGUGCUGGAAGAAGGCCUCUAUGUUGACCUCCGUUCCUGUGGCUGCCCAACUGCUACAAUCAAAUCCCUCAAGCCUAUUCAAUAC